AUGUCUCCAGUCCUCAUCGUAGGCGCAGGCCUAGGCGGUCUCUGCCUCGCCCAAGCCCUCAAAAAACACAACAUUCCCUUUCGUGUGUUUGAAAAAGACGAAGCAACCGAUUUCCGCGCGCAAGGCUACCGCAUCCGCAUCACGCAGCAUGGCUACGACGCGCUUGAAUCCUCUCUAUCCCCAAAAAUACUAUCUCUCUUUGAAAAAACAUGUCCCGAGAUGGUAAUUGGCGGAGGAGCGCGCCUUGACGCGAAUGGCAACACGCUCAGUGGACCAGGUGGUCCUCCGCCGGGGAUUGGGAAAGCGUUUACCGUUGACCGCGGCACGUUUCGACGGGUGUUGAUGACGGGUAUUGAAGAGUUUGUUUCAUUUGGGAUGCAGUUUGAGCGGUAUUCGCUUCGUGAGGAUGGAGUUAGGGCGCAUUUUCAAGAUGGGAGCAUCAUUGAUGGAGGCCUGCUGGUUGGUGCUGAUGGUGUGCGAUCGCGAGUGCGAAAACAGCUUAUCGAGCAGUUUUAUAUUCUCGACACAGGGAUGAGGAUAGUAUAUGGGAAGACGCCGUUGAGAGCAGAUUUGGAAGCGGCUUUACCGGCAGAUUGUCUGAGGGGGAUGUCUCUCGUUGUUGAUGAGAGUGAUGCUCGCAAGACACUCUUGUUAGAGCCGAUUCGUUUUGAUAGGAGCCAUCAGCUGCCGUUUGCAUUGCCUGAGAACUAUGUCUACUGGGUUCUUCUAGCGCAUACCUCGGCAAUGUCUAUUCCAGAUGAUGAACUGCUCCGUCUGAAGAACGAUGAAUCGGCUGAUUUGGCAGUCCGUCUGACGCAACACUGGACUCCUGCACUGCGAGUACUCUUUGAACAGCAGGAUAGAGCACAAACUUCGACUCUGCGUAUCUCGUCAGCACCGCCAGAUUUGCCUAUUUGGGAAUCCUCACGAGUAACGCUGCUUGGGGAUGCAAUUCAUGCCAUGCCUCCGACUGCUGGAAUGGGUGCCAACACGGCCUUAAGAGAUGCGGCGGAUCUAGCACGAAGACUUGCUGCUGCUGGUGAAAUGUUGGAUGCGAAGGUUAUUCGAGAAUAUGAAGAUGAUCUACGAAGCUUUGCAAAGCAGAUGAUCGAGUUGAGUUGGCAGGGUGGAAGGAAGAGUUUCGGGCUGGGAUCUGUGGAUGAAUGCGAGAGGAUCGAGCUGUGA